UCUGCCGACCAAUCAGAGGCUGCUGCAGGGUCUGCUGACUCUCACAGGAAGUAAACGGAUCCAAUCAGGAGACAGUAAAGUUCAUCAAAGAGAAGCUGGAUGAAGAAAGUCUGUCUGCAGAGAGAAGAAUGAACCUGCUCCACUGUCUGAACGAACUCAACGACCACACUCUGCUGGAGGAGAUACAGAAGUAUAUGAGAGAAGGAGAACUUUUCUGGAUAAAUUCUCCUGCUCAGUUGUCUGCUCUGUCCUUCAUCUUACUGUCCUCAGACUCAGACCUGGAGGAGUUUGACCUGAGGAAAUACCAGGCCUCAGAGACAGCUCUCCUGUGUCUGCUGCCGGUGGUCAGAGCCUCCACCAAAGCCCUUCUUUGUGGCUGUGGUCUGUCUCCUCACAGCUGUGGUCCUCUGGCCUCAGUCCUCAGCUCCUCCAGUCUCACACAUCUGGAUCUCAGUCACAACGACCUCCAGGACUCAGGAGUGGAGCUGCUGUGUUCUGGACUGAAGAGCGCCCCCUGCAGACUGGAGACGCUCAGGCUGUCUGGAUGUCUGGUCUCAGAGAGGGGCGGGGCUGCUCUGGCCUCAGCUCUGAGCUCCGCCCCCUCCCACCUCAGAGAGUUGGACCUGAGCUACAACCAUCCAGGACCCUCAGCAGAGCUCCUGACCGCUCUACGGAACCGGCGCCCCCUGCUGUCUGUCAGGUUGGAUCCUGCUGGAGAGUGUUGGAUGGUCCCAGGUCUCAGAAAAUACUCCUGUGAGUUCUCUCUGGACCCAAACACAAUUCACAGAAAACUCAAACUGUCUGAGGACAAACAGAGAGUCACCAGUGAGAAAGAGGAGCAGCUGUAUCCAGAUCAUGAGGACAGAUUCACAGACCAGACUCAGGUCCUGAGCUCCUCUGGCCUGAGGGGGCGCUGUUACUGGGAGGUGGAGUGUAACUGGGAGGUCGAUAUAGCAGUGAGUUACAGAAGAAUCAGACGGAGAGGAACAAGAGAGGAGAGUAGUAAGUUUGGAGAAAACGAUCAGUCCUGGAGUCUACAGGUCAGUGAGGGACAAUACAGCAUCAAACACAACGGCUCAGAAAAAUACAUGGAGUCUCCACAAGAACUUUCAUUACAUGAUGCCAGAGUGGGUGUGUUCCUGGACACUGAGGCUGGAUCUUUGUCCUUCUAUGAGGUGGGGUACUGUAAAACUGAUGAACUGAUCCAUCUCUACACCUUCACCUCCUCCUUCACUGAGCCUCUGUUCCCUGGGUUUGGGCUGUGGUGGAAUGACAGUUCAGUGUCUCUUGUGAACAUGAAAACACAGUAAAAUAUACUAAGGAGGUGUUGUCAGAUGUCUUAGAUAAAUGUGCUUUAUUGAGUAUCCUGUAUUUGGCAGAAAAUGGUGUGUGUGUGGUUCCGUGGGAAACAAAGGCAUAAAAAAUGUAUCGUCAAUAACUUUGCAACUGUACAAAACAAAUACACAUGGACAUAAUAAACAAACUCUAAACAUAAGUUUUCUGCCACAGUAAAAGUGUGUUUCAGUAAAGAGUUCAAAAGAUUUAUAAUAAUUUAGUAAUAAUUAUGUUCUAAUUCAUCUGUUAUAAUUUCAUGCUAAAAACUUGCCAUUUGUUAAAAAUAAUCGCUAUGCGCUCUAGUUUUGGUUUACUUGCAUCUUAUUUUGAAGGCCUCAGGAAGUGGUCACAAUGCAUUAUGGGUUUCACGUGACGUCACAGGGCGACGUUUGUCAGCGCAUAAAAUCAGACGGAGGGCAGGAAGUGAAGCGACUGGAGGAAAAUGUCGAUGUGCCAAUCGUUCCAACCGAGAGAAGGAAAAGCGAUUUUUUUAGAGUACCAAAUAUAGUCGUCCACAAAGGUCAGAAAUGAGACAGAACAACGCUGUAAAAAGUGGAUUACAAACCUGUUUACGGUCGGGAGGAGCAGAAUCCGCAAACGCUCGUGUCUGCAGUGACCACUUCAUCAAAGGUUUGUUACAAAGAUAAAUAGUUUUUUGUGGUUUACCUAAACAUAAACGAAUCAUUAACGACGAAUGACGUUUGCUGACAUUAAAUAGUUCAGAUAAAUCGGUCACUGCUGAUACACUGCAGUUUUUCCCAUAACGUCUAUACACAUAAAAUAAGAGAAACACUCACCCCGGCCAAGACCAAACCAUAAUCAUCAUUUAGGCGUUUUGCACCGAGGUUGAGGAUCCAUCCACUGACAAAAAGAGUUCUAUGUCUCCAAACUUUUGUACUUUGCCUUCAUCUGUUGUCUGGUGUAGAACGACGUCUGAAGAGCUCAAUAGUUUGUGAUCUCCUUUGCCUCGAUUGUCGGCAAAUCUUUUACUUUGGUUGAAAAUUCUCUCAUUUUCAAUAAGAUUGGGGUUGUGGGAAAUAUUCUGUGUCGAUCGUGCUGAUUCACCCAAUAUUUUGUACCUUGGAAUGACAACAGGGUGAAAAACACGUAUGACUAUCUGUAGUGCUAUAAAAGACAUGUUUUUCUGUACUUUGAGAUGCCACGAAGCAGAAAACUGAUGUAUGUGAACCCCGUGGCAUGUACCCACCCCUGAUAAAGUGCACCGGGUCAACAUUAUUGUUCAUUUUCUUCUGUAUAUGCUAAAUCAACAAGUUAAUGUUUUGUCAGAUGUGUGGUAUAAAGCUACUCCUCGUUGUGAGUUGGGCAGAGGUGACAGUUGUACUUGGUGAUCAACUUGAAUCUCUGAAUGGAAAAUGCUGAAAUAAAGUGGCCUGUUUCUCAGAUCCUC